AUCAUCGCAGCUUUUCCUGAACAGUACAGUUCAACAGAACACUUGCUGGCAGAUACAAGAGAAAAUCGACAAUGGCAAACAACAUGACAAGCAAUGAAGUCCAUUUUCUUUGUGACAGUGACUUUCCCAGUAUUACUGGCCCUUUCUUCAUCUUGAUCUUCAUCCUCAGUGUCAUAGGCAACGGUCUCCUCUUAUGUGUUCUUUUCAUCUACGAGGGCCUGAAAAGUAUCACAAAUAUUUUCAUCCUGAACCUGGCCUGCUCUGAUUUGAUCUUCACCAUCACGCUUCCGUUCUGGGCCGUUGAUCACCUACAACAAUGGGUCUUUGGGGACUUUGUCUGCAAAUUAAUGACUGCCGUAUUCUUUGUUGGUUUGUACAGCAGUGUCAUUUUACUGACCGCCAUGACAGUUGCCCGUUUCAUUAGGGUGGUGCUGCCAAACUGGAAAAGCAACCGUGCUAGAAGAAGGAGGUAUGCAAUCGGCGCCUGUAUAGCUGCCUGGAUCAUCAGCAUCUCGGCAUCCCUGAGUGAUGCAAUUAAAGUAAAAGCCAUAAACUGGGAUAAUCAGAACUAUUGUGAUGAUGGAUCUGAAGACAAGCUUGGACGUUAUCUCCAAGUGUCACUGCUAUUCUUCCUCCCAUUUGCCAUCAUUAUUUUUUGCUAUUCUGCCAUCCUCAAGACAGUUUUACAAGGUUUAAGUAGAAAGAAGCACAAGACUGUAGCUGUGCUGUUGUGUAUUGUUGCAGUCUUCUUCAUUUGCUGGGGGCCAUACCAUAUUGUGCUUUUAAUUAAAUCUCUUUAUAAACCCAUAGGUUGUAAGGCAGAGGAACGGUUAGCAGUUGCCUACCGUAUUUGUGAAAUGCUUGCCUAUUCUCACUGCUGUAUGAACCCUCUGCUAUACAUGCUCUCACAGAAGUUGCGAAAUAAUCUGUUUAAUCUUUUGAAAUGUAAAAAUUUGUGCAGUAAGAACAAGGAGGAAAAUAUUGGCCAGAAAACCUCUGGUAUUCAGAAUGUAGCUUUCACAGUAGACAACUCUUCUGUUAACACAGAACGACGCAAUGAUCCAUUUAAAAGUCCCUCUUGAAAGUAAACACUGAUUCAGUCUUCAAAUACUUUUACAAAACAAAGGUUGUAUAUAAUUUGACAUGUUUUGCAUAUAGUCUUGAUAUCAUAUACACAGAUUUUGUUUUAGCCUUUUUAAUGUGCAAGGUCAAAGAUGUUUGUAAAAUUGUGCAUUUCGCUGGUGUCGUUUUAUUAGUAUUUUUUGUAGAAAUGAAAAUGUUUCUGAAAAACAGUGAAGCUUUUUUCACUUCUUUGUUUUUGUGGUAUGUAAUGUCAGAUGAAUUGGGGGGAAAAAAUGCAUUGACAGCAGUUUUCUGUGGUCACCGAUAGAGUCAGAGUAGUGUGUAGUAUAAGUAUAUUAACAUAUUCACUAAGGGAAACCGUGAAGCAGAAGGGAAGUCACUUGGGCCUUUAAUCUUUCUUUGAAAUGGAUAAUAAUGUAAUGAGUCGUGUAAUAAAAAAUGAGAAAUGUUUU